AUGGCUACAUGUGACAACAUCCUGGCUACAUGUGACAACAUCCUGGCUACAUGUGACAACAUCCUGGCUACAUGUGACAACAUCUUGGCUACAUGUGACAACAUCUUGGCUACAUGUGACAACAUAUUGGCUACAUGUGACAACAUCUUGGCUACAUGUGACAACAUCCUGGCUACAUGUGACAACAUCCUGGCUACACGUGACAACAUAUUGGCUACAUGUGACAACAUCCUGGCUACAUGUGACAACAUCUUGGCUACAUGUGACAACAUCCUGGCUACAUGUGACAACAUCUUGGCUACAUGUGACAACAUCUUGGCUACAUGUGACAACAUCUUGGCUACAUGUGGCAACAUCUUGGCUACACGUUACAACAUCUUGACUACUUGUGACAACAUCUUGGCUACAUGUGACAACAUCCUGGCUACUUGUGACAACCUCCUGGCUACUUGUGACAACAUCCUGGCUACAUGUGACAACAUCCUGGCUACAUGUGACAACAUCCUGACUACAUGUGACAACAUCCUGGCUACAUGUGACAACAUCCUGACUAUAUUUAACUUACAGCAGCCUAGCUACACAGAACUAAAUUCUUAG